CAGAGCUUCUCAGAAGACCAUCAACUCUUCUACAGAAACGCUAUCGUCAAGACAUUUUGUGUACAUCAUGUCACUUCCAUCCUACCUCGCUUGGCCCUGGGGACCCCAGCGUGGCCGUAUUCCCAUUGACAAAUCAAACUCAGAUGAGACUAACCCACCUGAGUUUGAAGCUUUUGAUGUGAUGACGCCAAGGGGACCCACAGACGAAGAAACAAAAGCUGCAGGUCUCUCAGUGUUGAGCGUUGACAUGCGUGUGACAGAGAACAAAAAAGACCACAACACGGACAAGUACAAGAGUUCCAGCCUCAUUGUGCGCAGGAAUAAAGAGUUCACCAUCAUCAUCAAACUUGACCGGGCCUUUAGUAAAGAGCAGGACGAUGUGCAGAUGGAAUUCCUGAUUGGCAGUUCACCUGAUGAAAUUAAGGGCACCUACAUCACUGUGUCCAUCGGAAAAGAGAAACGCGAAGGAACCUGGAAGGGUCGCGUGGUGGACAUCCAAGGCAAUGAUGUGACAGUGGGCAUAACACCAGAUGCCACCUGCAUCAUUGGCCGCUUCCGCACCUUUGUAACAGUCGUGACUGAUUUGGGAAAACAACGCACUCAGAGGAACCCCGACACUGAUUUCUAUGUGCUGUUCAAUCCUUGGGACCCCGCGGAUCAAGUGUACAUGGAAAAAGAGGAAGACCGGCAGGAGUAUGUGAUGAAUGAUGUGGGGAGCAUCUACAAUGGAGAAUUCAGCAACAUAAUCACCCGUUCAUGGAACUUCGGACAGUUUGAAGAGGGGGUUCUGGAUGCCUGUCUUAUGGUAAUGGAUGCUGGGAAAGUACCACUACUGUACCGUGGAAAUUCCACUGAAGUAGUACGGCAAGGAUCAGCUCUGAUGAAUGCCCAAGAUGAUGAUGGUGUCCUGGUUGGAAACUGGAGUGGUGACUACUCGGCUGGCACAGCACCCACUGCCUGGACAGGAAGUCCUGAAAUCCUGCUCAAAUAUGCCAGUGAGGGUUGUGUGCCUGUGUGCUUCGCUCAGUGCUGGGUGUUUGCCGGCGUGCUAAACACUUUCGUGCGCUGUCUCGGGAUCCCUGCACGGGUCAUUACCAAUUACUGCUCUGCUCAUGACAACACGGGCAACCUGAAGACUGACAUUGUGCUGGAUGAAGAUGGGAGAGUGGACCGAAGUCGAACAAGAGAUUCAGUCUGGAACUACCACUGCUGGAAUGAGGUGUACAUGAAGAGGCUUGAUCUGCCAGAAAAAUACUCUGGCUGGCAAGUGGUCGACUGCACCCCUCAGGAGACCAGUGAUGGUCUUUACCGAUGUGGCCCAACGUCUGUCAAUGCCAUCAAAGAGGGAGAGCUCAGCUAUCCGUUUGAUGCAAAGUUUGUCUUCGCAGAGCUGAACAGUGAUGUGAUAUACCAUAAGUCCAAUAAGUAUGGGAAAACGAAGGUUAUCUAUGUAGACACUGCAUAUGUGGGAAAGCUCCUUGUGACCAAAAAGAAGGAAAGCAGUGAAUAUGAGGACAUCACUGCUACCUAUAAAUACCCGGAAGGAAGUCUCAAAGAGAGAGAGGUCAUGCAGAUGGCAGAGCGUCGUGGCAUUCCUACUAGGGAUUACUUGCCUCUUGCCGAAGCAGGUGUGGACAUUGAGCUCCAGGCCGACACCAUCAAAAUGGGUGAAAACUUCAAGCUGACUCUGAACAUUAAGAACCAGACCAGCCAAACCUGCACCAUCAACACCGUCAUCACUGGCUGUGUGGUGUAUUACACGGGUGUCACCAGCACAAUUUUUAAGCUUGAAAACAAAUCUGCAACUGUGGAAGCCUCAAAGACUGAGUCCGUCACAAUAGAUAUCAAAGGUAUGGAGUAUAUACCGCACCUGGUGGAACAGUCCAACCUACUCUUUGUGGUAUAUGGGUACAUUGAGGAAACCCAAAUAUCCCUUACCACGAUGAAAGUUAUCACUCUCCGUCCUCCUGAACUCACAAUAAAGAUGAUUGGAACUCCUCGGGUUGGCAGGGAACUCAUGGUCAGUGUGGAAUUCAUGAAUCCCUACAAUUUCACCCUGCAGAAGGUUCAGCUCCGCCUUGAUGGACCUGGGCUGAUACCAACCAAACUGAAAGAAUACAGCCAGAUAUUAUCUGGUGGCUCUGUGAAAUAUAAAGUGUCGAUGGUCCCUCGAACUGCGGGGAAGGUGGUGCUGAUGGCGUGUCUAGAUUGCGCGUUACUGAGACAGGUCACCAAUCAGCUGGAAAUUGAAAUAGUGAAAGAAUGAACGCCAAGAGAGUCACAGGGAACAGGCGAGAGAAAAGACAGGGAAAUUAAACAGAAGAAGAACUCAACUACAGAGUUGCCAAUACCAUUGCUUUUUGUUUUGCUUUGCUUUAGUAAUAUUGUUUUUAAAAAGAAUCAUAUGAUUAAAUGUUCAGAAAUGAUGUUGGCUCUCAAGUUGUUCCAUAUCCUUAUGACUGACUUUGUUCUGUGGAACACAAUAGGCUUUUAUACUGGUUUGGAACAACCUGAGUUUGGAUAAAUUAAGCCUUUUUUUUUGGCUGAGCUAUCCCUUUAAAUCAGUAAGUGUGAGAACUAAAAUCAUGAAAAUCUGUAGUGAUCUGCAACAUAACCUGGGAUCUUCCCUAACUUACUGUAUGAAUCACAAUAUAUUGUUGUUUUUCUCUGCUGUAAUGCCACUGACUAUGUUGUACUAAUGCAAAAUAACAAUAAA